AUGUCCCGGACCAGCCUAAGUUCACGUCGUGAAGAGUCAUCGGCCGUCAGCGUAGUGUGCAAAUCGACCGAUGGCUGGUGUCCGAAAGGCGAAGGCGGCCUCUUCUACGCCGGCUUUCGCUACAUCGGGCUGUACAGCAAGACCAUCGGCGCCUGCUUCCUGGGCGGUCUUGAAUCGAGCGACUGGAGCAAGGUGUACAGCUUGCAGCGAACUUGGUUCACCGUCUUCACGCUGUUCUGCCUCUUUGGUAGCACAGCCGUCGGCUUCACCGCUGUGGUCGAGUACGAGCACUGCAGCCGUCAGCUGAGCGAUGCCAACCGCUUCCACGCCAUGGCGUACGCUUGCUACGUCAGCUGUGUAGUCCUCGAGAGCGUCGUCAACUACACCGUGUCCCUGGUGCGUGCCCCUCGGCUACGGGCUCUGAUCAUCCAGUGUGCUGAGCUGGAAAUGUGCCUGCGGACGCCUCCUGGCUCAAAGCGCCGUACGAAGCUGUACGCCGUCGGUGUGAUGGCCUUUUACGCUGUGCAGAUCACCCUGUGCAUGUCGCUAGCCGUGGCUACUGACUGCGGCGCCUCGAUGCUGCACGACAAGGCGUCGCCUCUGAUGACGAUCUACUCCCGGGGUCUCGGCACCUGGUACAUCCUGGUGAUCGUGCCGCAGUGCAUGUGGCCGCGCCUCUGCAUGUCGUACUCGUUUGCCGUGUUUCGCUUGCACUUGCGGUGCAUCGGACAAGAGAUCAAGGAGUGCCUGCGCUCAACCAGCAUGACGCCUGAUCAGAAAGCCGAGGUGACGGAGCAUUGUCGAGUCCUGCUACACAGAUUGAAGAGGUGCCUGCAGGAAACUGGUGUUAUCCUGGGUCCUGGCCUGCUGUUCACCUACGGUUACACUGCGGCACUGUUCUGUGCCGCCAUCAUCUACUGUCUGCUGCCGAACGUGACGCCCGUCAACAAGGUGUUCUUCCUGGGCAGCGGUUGUAUGCACUUCGGCAGUCUCCUUCUGCCCACGGCACUGGCACACUGCUUUGCCGACGAUGUGUGGAGGCUGCAAACGGAGGUCAUGUGCACUCCUCUUGGGAAGGAACCACCAAAGCUUGUGCAAAAAGUGUCUCUACUUAUGAACACCUUGGAACGAGAGGAUUACUUGUUCAGCAUUAACGACUACUUCAAGUUGAACCUGCGGACAUUCACGAGCAUAAUUGGAGCAGCACUGAUGUACACGGUAUUCUUGGUGCAGACGAGUAGGCCACCUGUUGAAGGCGGUGGGCAACGCUGACACUCGAUGACUGCAAUGGCAUAAUCUCACCAAUGAAGCUGCUACACAAAGAACAAGUAGCAU